GCCGGCCGCGCGAGCUCCACGUCCUCUAAUCCACUCCAUUUUCUUCCCCCAAAGACGGCACCUUCUCGCCGUCUCGUCCCCCUCCUCCUCCUCUCCAAUGGCGCUCGCCUCCACCACCGCCUCCCGCCUCAUCGCCCGCCGCCUUGCCGCUCCCCUCCCGCCUUCUUCUUCUUCCUCUCCUUCCUCCGCUCUCCGCCGCGCCGCGCCACGAGGGGGAGCCACAGGAGCCAGGCCGCGCGGGGUCGCGGUGCGGUGGGAGGGCAGGCCGAGGGCGCUCCUCGGGGGAUUCUCGGACGCCGAGCCUGAAGACGCCAGCGACGACGAGGACGAGGACGAGGAGGACGCCCGCAGCGCGCUGAGCGGGGGACCGUCGUCGCCGCACCUGGAGUGUGACGACGUCCUCGAGCUCGCCGCCGCUGCCUCCUCCGGGCCCGAGCGCUGGGACGUGCUCGGCCUCGGCCAGGCCAUGGUUGACUUCUCAGGCAUGGUUGACGAUGAAUUCCUUGAGAGACUGGGCAUAGAGAAGGGUACAAGAAAGGUCGUGAACCACGAGGAGAGGGGACGGGUCUUGCGUGCCAUGGAUGGUUGCACCUACAAGGCUGCUGCUGGAGGCUCACUGUCAAACUCGCUUGUGGCUCUAGCAAGGCUUGGUAGUAGCCGGAUCACUAGCUACCCUGAGCUUAGAAUUGCGAUGGCUGGCAGCGUGGGCAGUGACCCGCUAGGUAGUUUCUACAGGCAAAAGUUGCAGCGCGCUAAUGUGCAGUUCUUGUCCAAGCCAGUCAAAGAUGGUACCACUGGGACUGUCAUUGUUCUAACAACUCCAGAUGCACAGCGAACUAUGCUUGCAUACCAGGGUACAUCUUCAACUCUGGCUUACGAUUCAGACUUAGCGGGGCUAGUAUCCAAAUCAAAUCUAUUAGUUGUGGAAGGAUACCUAUUCGAGUUCGCUCACACAAUUGAAGCCAUCAAGCAAGCUUGUGAAGAUGCUAAGAAGAAUGGUGCACUUAUUGCUGUUUCGGCAUCAGACGUGUCAUGCAUCAAGCGUUGCCACAGUGAUUUUUGGGAUAUUGUGGGAAACUAUGCAGACAUAUUGUUCGCCAAUGCUAACGAAGCAAGGGCAUUCUGCGAGCUAACCUCAGAAGAGAGCACCAUGUCUGCGGCUAGAUACUUGAGUCAUUCUAUUCCUCUUGUGUCUGUUACUGAUGGUAUGCAUGGUUCCUACAUUGGUGUGAAAGGUGAAGCAAUAUACAUCCCUCCACCGGCAUGUAUUCCUGUCGAUACUUGUGGAGCUGGUGAUGCAUACGCCUCCGGAAUUCUGUAUGGUAUUCUCCGGGGCGCUUCAGACUUAAAGGGUAUCGGUCUGCUGGCAGCCCAGGUAGCUGCCGUCGUCGUUGGGCAGCAAGGCACACGCCUAAGGGUUAAGGACGCUGACAGAUUGGCUGAAUCGUUUGAGUUCCACUUUGAUAACUUGGAGUUUUGUUCAGAUGCUGGAACAGAUCAGAUUCCGAACUUAUGAUUUCUUUCUCCUAGAACUGGAAGUCCAAGACUUAUGAUUUUUGUGUCUCCCUCAAGUCCCAAGUCCUUGACAGGCAGCGGCAGUGGAGAUUAUCCAGGGUUGAACUGCCGAAGUGGGGCAUCCCCCCUUCCCUAGAAGAUUUAUGAAGCAAGUCUACUUAGUUUAUCACUCAGGUUAUAUCUAAAUGCUAAACUAGCACCAUUUUCCAAAUAGCAUGGCAAUUGAAAUUUCAUCAGAUUGGCCGUUGAAGCUCUGCCCGAAAGUCAUAGGCAUAUUCACUUGUAUAUAGCAUCUGAUUCCUUUAGUCCUAGUUCAUUGUCUCGACCUUUAUUGCCAUUUCAUUGCGUAAAUUUUGCACCAGAAGGAUACUACAUACAUGGAUAUUUGAUUACAAAGAAACAUUCUAUAGUAGGCACUGAUGCAAAUCCCUGUUAUUUGUUUGGUUGUAA